CCAGAGUCAAGUUCCAGAGUCAAAAUCAUAUCAUUUCCAUUAGCGCGCUCCUGUUCUUUGUUCUUCUCACGUUUCUUUCUUGUUUCUGAUGGAAGACUUCAUAAAGAAUCAGACAUUUGCAAUCCACGCAGUAGCAGGUGCCGGAGCUGUAACAUUAGGCACUGCUGCAACGUACCCUUUUGAGACAAUCAAAACCCUUGUUCAGGUUGGAUCAGGUCCGGACAAGCAGCUUAGUGCAGCUCAGGUGUUUGAUAGAGUUCGCAAAUUAUCUGGCAACUCUGGGUUGUACAAUGGUUUUGGUUGGUUGGCUUUAGGAAGAAUCUUGGGAGUGGGAGCACGCUUUGGAACCUAUGAACUGUUAACCGCUUUCUAUAAAGAUGGGCGAAAAGACAACUAUGUAUACGUCUCAGAGGCUCUACUUGCAGGAAUUGCAUCAGGUGCAAUGGAAUCACUGAUUACAUCUCCAUUUGAGCUUUUCACAAUUCGUGCACAAGUGACAACUGCUUCACGUAUUCCAAACUUAGAAAAAACCGUUGCCUCAUCUUCAAUUGCAAAAUUACUUCGUGGGUAUUCUCCAGACAUGAAGGCUUUCAACCAUUCUGUUGGUCUCUUGUCCACCUUGAACCCUAAUCAUGCAAACUUGACUGGCUCUUUGAAAGAGUACCCGUGGAUGAUGACUGGGACUGGAAGGGCCCCACCUGUGUAUCAUGUUACAAAGCCUGUAGAUGUUGUAUCUUUAGAAGGUUGGGGUGCUUUGUGGAGGGGUAUUAGAUCAGGUGUAUUUCGUGAUUCCAUCUUUGGUGGUGUAUUCUUUUCUUCCUGGCAGUUUUUAGAUCGGGCAAUGCUGGAUUGGAAAGCUGUGGGGAUGAACCCAAUUCCAAGCUCUGAUGAAGAUAUUGGCCCAUUGCAUCCUUUAGCAGUUAGUCUUGCAGCUGGAUUUUCAGGCUCAAUUGCUGCAGCAGCUUCCCAUUCUUUUGACACUGCCAAAUGUCGAUCACAGUGUCUUGUGCUGCCAAAGUAUAUUACAAUGGAGAGGAAGUUUCUCAAGUGGAGUUUACCAGGAAAGAGGUUUGAGAGACUUACAGGAAUCCAUCCGCGAGAUAGGAAUAUACUUUUUCGUGGGAUUUGGUUGCGAAUGGGUCGCAGUGGAAUUGCAUCUUUUAUUUUUGUAGGAAGUUACUUUUUUGCCCUUGAUCACUUAGUUUCAAGAUGAAUAUCGUUCAUUAUAAAAAAAUAAUAAUUCAAUAAGGGUUUUAUGAGUUCUUCUAAGGCCUAUUAUGGAACCACAUGAUAUGUAACAUGCUCACGUUUGGUACUCGGACCUAAUUUAUGGAUUCUCACAUUCUUACUGCUAAGAUGAAAAUACUGAUAAGUUGGUAAGUUGAUAGCUAUUUUUUUUUAUUUAAUAAUA